CAUCUUAUCCUGUGAAGCUUUCGUCUGUAGUUGUUGUUGAUGCCCUCCUCCAUGGCUGUUCCUCUCUCCAUCUCAUCAAACUCUCUCAUCACCCGCCUCUCGUUCCCUACCACUUCAUUCAAGGGCAAUGUAAGCGUCUUAGGAGCAAACCCAUCUCACCAGAUCCUCUCUCUCAAACUCCACCACAAUCGUCGAAUCGCGAGACCUCUCGUUGUGAUGAACCAAACGGCGGCGACCUCUCCGGAAGCAGCAGCAGUGAUGAGCUCGGAGAGGUUCCGUCUGGAUAACCUCGGACCACAACCCGGUUCGAGAAAGAGGGCGAAGAGAAAGGGUAGAGGUAUCUCCGCGGGACAAGGAGCGAGCUGCGGGUUCGGGAUGAGGGGACAGAAGUCGCGGUCUGGUCCUGGGAUCAUGAGAGGCUUUGAAGGAGGUCAAACCGCUCUCUAUCGCCGUCUUCCGAAACUCAGAGGAAUCGCCGGAGGUAUGCGUGCAGGGUUACCCAAGUACGUGCCAGUGAAUCUCAAAGACAUCGAAACGGCUGGGUUUGAAGAUGGAGAUGAAGUGUCACUGGAGACAUUGAAGCAAAAGGGUUUGAUCAAUCCUUCUGGAAGGGAAAGGAAACUCCCUCUUAAGAUUCUUGGUACGGGAGAACUAAGCGUGAAGCUCACCUUCAAAGCUCGUGCUUUCUCCACAUCAGCAAAGGAGAAGCUUGAAGCUUCGGGUUGUACACUCACUGUGUUGCCCGGAAGAAAGAAAUGGGUGAAGCCAUCGGUUGCUAAGAACCAAGCGCGAGCAGAUGAAUACUUUGCUAAGAAGAGAGCUGCUGCAGCUGAAGCAGCUUCAGAACCUGCAGCUUCGGCUUGAACUUGUUCAUUUUCAAGCUCUUCAAUGUUGUAAAGCUGCAGAUAUAGUUUUAGCUUUUGUCUUUGCUAAAAUCUACAAUUCCUUUUCUCUCUUUAUGUAUGGUGAAGAAAUUUACAUUUUGUUGUUUAUGAGUAAAAUCCUUAUCAGAAA